GUGAGUGCACCUGGUGCGUCCGUCGUCUCCCCCGUUUCGUUCAGCCUCGGGCGGUCGCAGAUCACUCGGCGAUCGAUCUGAGCCGCUCUCAGGGCCUCCCCCGACCCACCCGCACGCCCUCUCCCUUGCGACACCCUCCGCCGCGCUGCUGCCAACCCCUCCCCCCCCCCCCCCCCCCCGCCCGACGCGCCGCGGAUCUCCGCUCGCCGAUCGUGGCCUCGCCCUCACCCAGCGCCGCCGCUCGCCGCAGCGUCCAAAUCUGCCAACCCGACGCGCGUGGGUCGCCGGAUCUCCGCGUGAGAUCGACGGCCCACCUCGCCGCUGCCCUGCCAUCUAUGCGCCGCCCCCUACUUCACCGCUGUCGCCGUCGCCGCCGCUGCCGCCGCCUACUCCGCGCCGUCCCGUCACCGCCAUCCCGUCCCCCUCCCGUUCAAACGUGGCACCCGCCGCUCCGUCCACGGCGGAUCCGCGCCGUUCUCGCCGCGCCGCCGCUCCGUCCCCGACGGAUCCGUGCCGAUCCGGCCGCCGAUCCGAAUCCCCGGCGCUCCUCGGCGCCCUCCUCGCCCGAUCACCGCGCCGUCCCGACCGCCGAUUCGUGAUGCUCCGUGGGUCCAUCGGGUCGGUCGCCUCCCACAGCAGCAUGCUAGCCUUCCUCGUGGUGCGCCAGGGCAUGGACACGGUGUAUUGCGUGAUCCACGCCGGCGGAGACGACAGCCCCGGCGUCAGCCCGAGGAUGGUGCGCUUUGCCGCCUCCCUCGCCGCGGAGUCGGCCGAUAACGUCAAGGGCGUCGUCGCCGCACGGGGCGACCCCGUGCUCCGGGCCACCGCCUGGCACGUCAAGGUCCGCGUCAGGACGAUCCACUGCGUCGCCAGGCCGGCUAGCCCGGGCCUCCCGGAUUUGGAUUUGCGCUACAGAUCUAUGUUCAUUGCGAUCUGGAAUCUGCACCGAUCUGGCGGACCGCGGCGUCAUUGUGGUGUUUGUUUGAGGCAGGCUGGAGGCGGCGGCGGUGUACGGAACUCGUGCAUCAUCUAUCUCGGCGCCACUGCAAAAAUCUAGAGCUGCAGCGAUA